AUGGAACAUACGCUCAUCUGCAAUAACCUCCAGUGCCGGCAGGAGCUCGGAGAGCGCGCUCUAGUAACAACAUGCAGUCACAUUUUCUGCUUGGAGUGCGCUGAGCGGCUGGGGAUCACCGGACAAGAAACGGAACGCCGCAACACAUGCCCUGCUUGUCACUCACACUUCAACAACCCCGAUGAUGCCGUCAUUACGAACCUCAGCCCAAGCGAAGAAUACAAGACGACCAUCCUGAGCGGCCUGAGUCCCAAUAUCGUCAUGGAGUGUACUAGUCGAGCCCUCAGCUUCUGGGCCUACCAAACUACUCAAGACAUGUACUACCAACAAUACCUCUACAAGACACUUGCAGAAAAGUACUCUGCCCUCAACAUUCGACUCGAGAAGACUGUGAGCGAUGCAAACACGGAAAUUGACGGGCUCCAGCACAGGUUGACGGGCAUGACGGCAGAGCAGGACGCCUUGCGACGCAAGAACGAAGAGAUCGGCCAAGCAUACAAAGAAAAAACUCGCAAGGUCCUUCAGUUACAAGAGCUCUAUGACAAAGUCAAGCGCAGGGCUGAACUCGAUCAAAUCCAGAAGGCGGCCUCGGAUGCUGUUGACUUGACCCUCGAGACACCAUCUCAGCUUAACCAAGGCAUUGCAGGAAAUAACGGAGUACCCGAAAGCGAUAAUACUCCUGCGUUCAGCCAGCGCCGAGCCAACGGCUCAGGUAUGAACACAGGCAUGCCUCGAAGCUACCCAGCCGUCACGAGGGAGAGCACUCUUUGGCCGCGAGUGGGGGGCGCAUCUCGCUGUAAGUGCUAUCGGGCUAUGAGCACUUAA